GCGACGUUGAUGGCGUGCAACUAGCGUGCAUGCCGUAGUGUUGAGCUGCGGUAAACGCUGCACGAUUCGCAGAAAAAAUAAAGUUCACUCGUUGGAAGGCAACUUGCUGUAAUGUUCCCCCGUCGUUUCGCCACAUAUCUCCUAUGUGCGCUGCUGAUUUCCCCCACGGUUCUCGCGAAAGGAAAUGUCAGUGAAAAAUCAAGAAGUGACUGGUAUCCUAGCAGCUACACCACAACGCUAUGCGGAGGUGUCUUAGCGGUGCUGUUUUUUGUCAUUGCUCGAGAAAAGCUGAACCUUUCCAAAAUAAAGACACAGGAUCCCUUCAAACAAAGGCAUAGGAAACGUAAUGGGAAGUCUGUCAAAGUCCUGUAUGGCACUCAGACGGGAAAUGCAAAGAUUCUGUCUGAAAAGCUCACAGCCGAGCUGGAUGCACUGGACUACGAUGUGGAGAUGGUUAACUUGAAACAUGUGCAGCCAGAGGAAUGUCUUCUUGGUCAGGUGAAAGCAAAGGGUCUUUGCAUCUUCAUCGUGUCAACAUACGUGGACGGCUCACCACCAGAUGAAGCCACAUGGUUCUAUGAUUGGCUGAAAGACACAUACGCUGAUUUUCGAGUGCAGAAGUGCUACCUCCAGGGUCUCAGCUAUGCCAUCUAUGGCCUGGGUGACUCGGCCUAUGGUGACUGUUACAACAAGGUUGCCAAAGAUAUAGAUUUCUGGCUGUCCAAGCUGCAUGCAACUCCAGUGGUUCCCCUUUGUCUCAAUGAUGAAAGCCACGAUGAAGGGAAAUAUGGGACAGGCAAGUUUCCAGGCUGGAAAGACGAGGUUUUAGCAUACCUGGAAGGAAGGCCAUCCAUCACCACCCAACCUCGUGAAGCUACAAUUGUGCAGGACAAUGUUGCUUACGAAAGCUCCAGUGAUGAAGGUGAGCCUGAACUGAUUGACCUAGAAGACCUUGGCAACGUCCGGAGUGCUAACAAGUCGAAGGAGUCCAAGACCGUGCAGAACAGCGAGGCUCGACCGGACAUGCUGACGCCUCUGCUGCGUCAGUCUCUGGGAAAGCAGGGCUACCGCCUCAUUGGCUCCCACUCUGGGGUGAAGCUAUGCCGCUGGACCAAGGCCAUGCUUCGUGGUCGAGGUGGCUGCUACAAGCACACCUUCUACGGCAUCGAGUCGCACCGCUGCAUGGAGGCCACCCCAAGCCUUGCCUGUGCCAACAAGUGCGUCUUCUGCUGGAGGCACCACACGAAUCCUGUAGGAACUGAGUGGAAGUGGAACAUGGACUCGCCUGAAAUGAUUGUGGAUAACGCACUGAAAAACCACUACAAGAUGAUAAAGGAGUUCAAAGGUGUUCCGGGCGUGCUACGGGAGCGUCUGGAAGAGGGCCUGCGAGCGCGCCACUGUGCCCUUUCUCUGGUGGGGGAACCCAUCAUGUACCCAGAGAUCAGCCAGUUGGUGCGCCUCCUGCACGACCAGGGCAUCUCCACGUUCCUGGUGACCAAUGCCCAGUUCCCCGAGGCCCUGCGGGAACUUGGUCCUGUCACACAGCUCUACGUGUCAGUGGAUGCCAGCAGCCGUGAGGCACUCAAACGCAUAGACCGACCCCUCUUUCCGGACUUCUGGCAACGCUUCCAGGACAGCCUCUCUACGCUCGCUGACAAGGGCCAGAGGACAGUUUAUAGGCUCACACUGGUGAAAGAGUGGAACAUGGAUGAAAUGCAAGGCUAUGCCAACCUUGUGGCACUUGGCAAGCCGGAUUUCAUUGAAGUCAAGGGUGUGACAUACUGCGGCGAUUCCAAAGGUGCCCGCCUAACCAUGAGCAAUGUACCGUGGCACGAGGAAGUGCUGUCCUUUGUCGAGCAGCUGGUGGCUUUGCUUCCCGACUACAGCAUUGCCUCUGAGCACGAGCACUCCAACUGCGCGCUCAUUGCGCACAAUAAGUUCCGUUUCGACGGGCAGUGGAACACGUGGAUUGAUUAUGAGCGCUUCCAUGAACUGGUGCAGAGGUUCUACCAGACAGGGGAAUCGUUCACUUCUCUGGAUUACGCGGCACCUCUCCCACACUGGGCAGUGUUUGGGGCCAAAGAGCGUGGCUUUGACCCCAGCGACACGAGGAUGCUGAGGAGAUCCAAGAAGGACAUUAGUGGGUGCUAGCUAUAAGCUGUGCUAGCGUUAACCCUAAGCCAAUUAAAUGCUAGGCUUAAGCAAAGUAUGGUGGAUGCCAGGCUCUGCAGCUCGCAGAAGGCUGCAGCAGUUGAGCCCUGUGUGGUGCAUAGCACAUCUUGAAAUCAAAAAUAUUACGGGCAGCACCACUGAAAGGGCACCGAGGAAAAACAUCUCAAGCUUGAAAACACCCUUUGUACAGUGUCUCAGCAAAGUGCCUAAAGAAGAAGGGGCAAGCUUGUGAUUAGAAGUCGGUUGCUCCACAUGUUGUAUCAUAUGCAUGUCAAAUGACACCGCACAAUUAAAACUGUGUUGCGAGUUGCAGCAUGUGGUAAGGUGACUUUGUAGAGCUGUGUUCUUAAUGAUCCUGACUUCAUUUUUAUGACUCUUUAUUUUUCUUUUGUGUGGUUUGGGCAGAUGUCAGCGACAAAGAUUCAUGUUUGUCAUGAUGAACUGGACUGAAAGAAGCUCAGUACUCCAGCUUACCGCAUUGUACUUAGUGCCAAUGUGAUGAGUGAGAUGGCAAUAGCUUUUAUCUGCAGCUUCCACUGUUGGAUCCUGCUUUGUGGAAAAGCUGUUGCAUGUAUUAAGUACAUGUGUGUGUGUGUAGUUUUCAUCACUUGCUACAAGCAGGUUUCUGUGUGUGACCAUGUGUAAAGAUUUGCAUGCUUGCUGUGUAGCACUACUGCAGGCCAUGAUGCAGAUUGUAGAGCUCAGAUAUUGUUUCCUUCUGUUGGAUUCCUUCUUUUUCCUAUCAUUCACAAUUCAUAACCAGACGAUUGUGCCUGACAAGAGUUUCAUUUGAUUCACCAGCGUCACUGCGAAGCAGCCCCUUACCAGGCACAAGAGAUUGAGAAUUUUUCCUACAAAUGUCACGCCAGCAGUGCGGUGCACACGACACUCGGACCGAAUGGCUCAGGUGCACGCGUGUUGCAAGCUUUCUGUUUGUCCAUCCAAUGUGUACGCAUAAGUUGUUCGUGAUUUGUUCGCACAAGUCCACAUAAGUUGUUUAUAAUGUGUCCGCACAAGUCCACCUAAUUUGUCCGUGUAAGUUUGUUCGCCUAAUGUGUCCGCAUAAGUUUGAAUGGCCUCGAGUUGCAGGUACAUGGUAAAGCUUCCGAGGCACCUUGUAGAACAUCAUCAAUGUAUUAAACACAUAUACAGGUUGUGCGUUACUGGCUACACAACAGCUGUUAACACUGUUGGCAACCAGACAAUGCAUCUCACUCAUAGAACACAUCUGACCAUCUCCUGCAUCCUCACAAACAUUCUUUUUUUCUAUUUUAUUUUUCAGUUUUAGACGACAAUAAAAGUGCACAAAAAACACCA